UUGUCAUCAGGAGCUGUGGCAGUCAUGGCUGUCAAAGCCAUGAUGAAGUAUCUCUGGGCUAGUUCGUUUCCCCAUUUCAGUUAAUCUUAAAAACACCAUCUUCGGAAAGAAAGUUCAACAUUAGAUUGCCUUUGUCUUUUACUUUCUAAGUGGAAAAUCCAACUUCCCUUUGGGCUCUUAAUCAACAAUAACUUUAAGAUGACAUUACAGCCCUUCUUUCGCAUUACAAACCUGUCCGACAGGAGGCGGUGACUGAACUACCACUCACAGGCGAACAACGCCACCUUGCCUGGACUAAUUUCCACGCAGCCUUUCUCAACCCUUGAUGCCGGCGUGUGGGGCUCGGGAGAACUCGGCAGAGAUCGGAAGAACUCGGCGAGCAGGAUGGGAAACGGCACAUCCUCAUCCGUAGGGAAGUCAGCAUGUACGCCUGUGAACCAGAUCCACGAAACAAUUUCUAACAAUUGUGUGGUGAUUUUCUCAAAAACAUCCUGUUCUUACUGUUCAAUGGCCAAAAAGAUUUUCCACGACAUGAAUGUCAACUAUAAAGCUGUAGAAUUGGAUAUGCUGGAAUAUGGUAGCCAGUUUCAAGAUGCCCUUCAUAAGAUGACUGGAGAAAGAACUGUUCCAAGAAUAUUUGUCAACGGAACAUUUAUCGGAGGUGCAAUGGACACUCACAGGCUUCACAAAGAAGGAAAAUUGCUGCCACUGGUUCAUCAAUGUAAUUUUAAAAAAAAGCAAGAGGAAAGAAGUUGAAUGAUGUGGUCGCUGUAGCCAGUAAAAUGUUAGUUAAUGCAA